AUGGCUGCCGAAAGCUCAGUCUCGUCUCGAAGCAAAUCUUCCUUGCAUGGUAGGUUGCUGCUUUGUUCCCAUGGUGAGAAGUCGGUGCUGCAAACCAUGGAGACGAAGGAAAACUAUGGUCGCAGAUUCUGGGGCUGUGUUUACUAUGAGGUGCAUGAAGGCUGCAACUUCUUUCGUUGGACAGAGCCAGAGACAGAGGUGGAAAAUCCAGAAAUUGCAAGAAUGAUGAGGAAGGUUGCCUCGCUGAAAUCAAGAACGAAAGCGGCAGAGUGGAAGUUAAUGGUCGUUGCUGUGUUAGGGUUUUUUUGGGUGGGUUGGGUUCCUAUAUUUGCUGCUGCAGAAUUUUUCUAUGUCUGGGCCUAA